AUUAAGUAAAAUACAUUUUUAAUUAUGGAAAUGUCAAUAAAGUACCUGAAAUUCGCACAAAUUCUUGCCUAUUUUGUGUUUUUCAUCGCGGCGCCAGCGACUGCAACCAGUUCAUGUGCCGGCUGUGUGGAACUGGAUGAAAUCAACUUUGAUCAGACUGUUGAGCGGUUUCCAUACGCAUUAGUGAAAUUCGAUAUUGCCUUCCCGUAUGGUGAUAAGCACGAGGCUUUUGCGGCAUUCUCAAAAGCAGCACACAAAGCCACCAAAGAGCUGCUUGUGGCAACAGUUGGCAUCAAGGAUUAUGGCGAGAAUGAAAACAAAGAAUUGGGCUUGCGUUUCAAGGUGGAUGAUAAGAACUUUCCAGGCAUUUUACUCUUCAAAGAUGGCAACGUUCAUAAGUACGAACGGUUCCCCGCCCACUUGGAUGUGACUCUGGACAACUUGAAGCAAUUCGUUACGAAGAAUACAGACUUGUAUAUCGGACGUGAUGGCUGUUUGAAGGAUUUUGAAGAGUUAGUAACAAAAUAUGCCAACAAAGAGGAUACGGAACAAUUGCAGUUAAUCGAAAAAGCGGAAAAAUUAGCGCAAGAGCUGACAACGGCUGACACUGCGAUGGUGGCCAACGCCAAAGUGUACCUAAUUUAUAUGCGAAAAAUCAAUGAGAAGGGCUACAACUAUGUCGAGGAAGAAACCAAGCGACUGCAACGUCUGAAGGCGGGUAAGGUAUCGGAUGCAAAGAAAUCUGAACUGCAGCAAAAGCUCAACAUACUGGAGGCAUUUCGAGUGACCAAACUAACCAAAAUUACGCCAAACGAAGAGCUGUGAAUGUUGAUGUUGAUAUGUACAAGUGGAAUGGUAAUAAGAGUGACAUCAAGUGAAUGAACGAAAAUUAAAGUAAAUUGUAAUAACACACACAUACGUAUGCAUUCACAAACAUAAGCAGUGCUGUGGGACAAAAGGCGCAAUAAAAAUAAAUUCUAACACCGGAACCCAUUGAGUGAAAUGGUUUCAUUAAAUAAGUGCAUUAGUUAAAAUAUACAUACAAAAGUACAUGUAUUAAUGGUUUCGAUUAAUAAAUUAUUUAAUAGCUUUG